GAGAGAUUACCACGUUGGAAGUUAUUUGAUAAUUUGUGAUUUAUGGUAAUAGUGAGAGUUGCAAAUAAGUAGUUCAUGUAAGUAAGGGCCGUUGCGAAGACUUCUCCGUUCCUUGUUAUGGUCGUUUUGUUUACAUACAAGUAGGACAGUGAGCGAUAAAAACAGAACAGGCAAUUCAGAAGAAUCACUGAGGGUCCGAGUGAGCAAUGUGACUUUACCAUGAGGGGGAAUGUAAUACCUGUUAAGCUAUAACUGUAAAAGACAUUGUAACUUGUGACGCAGGUGGUGUUGUUACUGUUCCCUUUUGUCACGUGGCUGUUUGGGGUAUAAUUUGAGGUGUAUUAUGGCUAGUGACAGUGACAGCUCCGAUUGUGGGCUUCUGAACCAGGCCUUGCCCACCCCAACCUUGUCAAGUAACUUCAGACCCGUCGCUGCCCCAACAUCAGCAGAGGAGUAUAUUCAGCAUGUUGUGUGGGAGGCUCGGCAGUGUAAGGCUGUAGUGACAGUGGACUUGGAGGAACACAAACUCAAUAAACCCAUUGCUGUUGUGCAGAAGCAAGUCAAGGCUACAGCACCCAAGGGCUUCACUCCUUCUCUGGAGAGUCAGCAAAACCUCAUGGCAUCAUUUUCCAAGCUGCGAGCACACAUUGCAACUCUCCGAGCCUCUGGAAAAAUACCUAGACCUCCUAUUGUUCUGCCUGGCAUCAAGAAGAGAGAGGAGUGGUGCAAACUGUGCUUUGGCAAUAGUUUUCAGUUAGCUCUUCUGAAGCAGUCCAGCCAGGACUCCAUGCAGCCACAGCUAAUUGAAGGCCAACAGCCCUUGCUUAGCAUACUUCUUAACAUUAAGCAGAAAGGGAUUGAGAAUCUGCUUGAGUGGCAUGCCCAGUGGCUAGAGGUCCUUGGAUUCUCAGAGGCUCAGGGGCGAUGGUUCUAUGCAUUGCUAGCUUGUCUGGAGAAGCCCCUCACACCAGAGACUUGCUCACAAAUCAGACACAUUGCUAUGAUGUGUGCCAAGAUCAGAGCUUCCUUAGAAACGGCAGACCAUCCUCACCUCUCCCAGCUCAACGUGAUCAUUUGCAUAGUGGCUCGUUACUUUUGUCAAGAGGACCUUGUUGACCAUUAGCCAUUGCCUGGUUGUCAUCUUUCAGACACUAGUAUUUUAUUGCAGAAAUAAUCAAUGCGAACAGUAUUGUGGGUAUAAAUGAUAUUCUACUCUGGUAAGCCUCUCUCUCACCCAUGAUUUGUUGAUUGAAAGAAGUGUGAUGGUAAAACAAUGGUGUAAUAUUCUUUGGACAUUGUUCUAAGAGUAAGGAAGGCGUCAUAUUGAGUGGGGUCUUUUCUGUAAUCAGACAAGUUAAGGGAGUACUACAUGUGAGGUUUCCAUGAAAGACCACUUCAGAUGCAAAGAUUCCUCAGACUGAAUCAAUUCAGAUAAACGAAACUUUGAAUGGCAAUUUGCCUAACCACUUGAAGAUCUACAAACACUGCAGGAGAUGCUUAAGACUUUAUAUUGUAUUUAGAUAUAUACAUCAAUAAAAGUGAGUUUGGAA